CGCCGGCGUGGGCGCGGGCGCAGUGCACACUGGGAGCUGUCACUAGGCCCUUCGGCUCCCGGCCUCUGCGUCGCUGCCGCGGUUGCCAGGAGAGCGGCGCCGGCGGGGAGCGGCCGAGCCCACGGCAGGUAAUGAUUUUACAUGACUUUGGAACUGGUCUCUAGUGGGACGCUGUGGGAGGAUGAACACAGAAGAGCUAGAAUUACUGAGUGACUCCAAAUACAGAAACUAUGUAGCUGCAAUAGACAAAGCACUAAAGAAUUUUGAAUAUUCCAGUGAAUGGGCAGAUUUGAUAUCAGCACUUGGAAAACUUAAUAAGGUUUUACAAAAUAAUGCAAAGUACCAAGUAGUACCCAAAAAGCUGACCAUAGGCAAACGCCUAGCUCAAUGCCUACAUCCAGCAUUACCAGGUGGAGUUCAUCGAAAGGCACUUGAAACAUAUGAAAUUAUCUUCAAAAUCAUUGGACCUAAGAGACUUGCCAAAGAUCUUUUUUUAUACAGUUCUGGGUUAUUUCCUCUUCUUGCGAAUGCUGCCAUGUCUGUGAAACCAACAUUGCUAAGUUUGUAUGAGAUCUAUUACCUGCCUUUGGGUAAAACACUGAAGCCUGGUCUACAAGGAUUGCUAACUGGUAUUCUGCCUGGCUUAGAAGAAGGAUCGGAGUACUAUGAGAGAACAAACACCUUGUUGGAAAAGGUUGCUGCUGCCGUGGACCAGUCAGCCUUCUACAGUGCCCUCUGGGGUAGUCUCCUCACCAGUCCUGCUGUACGGUUACCAGGAAUCACAUAUGUUCUCGCCCAUUUGAACAGGAAGCUUUCCAUGGAAGAUCAACUUUAUAUAAUUGGCAGUGAUAUUGAGCUAAUGGUAGAAGCAGUAAGUACUUCAGUGCAGGACUCAAGUGUACUUGUACAGAGAAGCACAUUGGACCUCAUACUCUUCUGUUUUCCAUUCCACAUGAGUCAGGCCACUCGACCAGAUAUGAUCAGGAUCUUGUCAGCAGCCCUUCACGUAGUACUGAGGAGGGAUAUGUCCCUGAACCGGAGACUUUAUGCAUGGCUUCUUGGUUUUGAUAACAACGGUGCUAUGAUAGGACCCAGAAGCACAAGGCACAGUAAUCCUGAAGAACAUGCCACUUACUAUUUCACUACCUUUUCAAAAGAAUUGUUGGUCCAGGCAAUGGUGGGGAUCUUACAAGUGAAUGGAUUUGGAGAAGAGAGCACUUUAAUGCAGGAUCUAAAACCUUUUCGUAUUUUAAUCAGUUUACUUGACAAACCUGAGCUAGGACCUGUAAUUCUGGAAGAUGUCCUAAUUGAAGUAUUUAGAACAUUAUAUUCUCAGUGCAAAGCAGAAUUGGAUCUUCAAAUGGAACCACCCUUCAGCAAGGAUCAUGCUCAGUUAAGCAGUAAAUUAAGGGAAAAUAAGAAAACAGCAGAGCUGAUUAAAACUGCCAACCUUCUCUUUAAUUCCUUUGAGCCUUAUUAUAUGUGGGAUUACGUUGCACGUUGGUUUGAAGAAUGUUGUAGGAGGACAUUGCACGCCAGACUUCAGAUUGGGCCUGGAGAUAGUAGUGAGUCAUCUGAGUUACAGCUGACAAAUUUCUGCUUACUGGUGGAUUUUUUGUUGGACAUAGUUUCUUUGGAGACUUACAUUGAAAUCCAGACAGAACACUUGCCCCAGUUGCUGCUCAGGAUGAUUUCUGCCCUGACAAGCCAUCUCCAAACAUUGCACUUGUCUGAACUCACAGAUUCACUCAGGCUCUGCUCAAAGAUCCUUAGCAAGGUUCAACCUCCACUCUUAUCUGCCAACACUGGAGGUGUGUUGCAGUUUCCAAGUGGGCAGAGCAACUCAGUCAAAGAAUGGGAAGACAAAAAGGUAUCAUCAGUUUCUCUUGAAAAUCCUACUGAAGUGUUUGAAGAUGGAGAAAAUCCACCAAGUAGUCGAUCAUCAGAGAGUGGAUUCACUGAGUUUAUACAGUAUCAAGCAGACCGAAGUGAUGACAUUGACAGAGACCUGAAUGAGGGACAGGGGACGGCUGCCAUCCCCAUCGGUAGCACAUCCUCCGAGACAGAAACGGCCUCCACCGUGGGAUCUGAAGAAACCAUCAUCCAGCCCCCUUCCAUAGUCACUCAGGGGACAGCACCCCGAAGUGGGAAGACAGCCCAAAAAACUGCAAUGCAGUGCUGCUUGGAGUAUGUCCAGCAGUUUCUCACCAGACUUAUCAACCUCUACAUCAUUCAGGGUAACACUUUUUCUCAGGCUUUGGCUACAGAGCAUCCAGGGGAUCUCAGUCGAGAGCGAGAGCAAGGAGAGACUCCAAAAUGGGACAGAGAUUCGCACGGGGAUGUAAAAGAGAGAAACAUAAGUAAACAAAAAACUUCAAAAGAAUACCUUUCUGCCUUCCUUUCUGCCUGUCAGCUCUUCCUGGAGUGCUCCAGUUUCCCAGUUUACAUUGCUGAGGGGAACCAUACCUCAGACUUACAUUCUGAAAAAUCGGAGACUGACUGGGAGCACGUGCAGCCUCCGCUGUGGCUCCAGACUCUAAUGAAUGCUUGUAGCCAAGCAAGUGAUUUCAGUGUGCAGAGUGUUGCUAUUUCUUUGGUCAUGGACCUGGUGGGACUGACUCAGUCUGUGGCCAUGGUCACCGGGGAGAACAUCAACAGCGUGGAGCCUGCCCAACCGUUAAGUCCAAACCAGGGAAGAGUAGCAGUGGUUAUUAGACCUCCCCUCACUCCAGGCAACCUGAGAUACAUCGCUGAGAAGACUGAAUUUUUCAAGCAUGUAGCUUUAACAUUGUGGGAUCAGCUGGGAGAUAGGACACCUCAGCACCACCAGAAAAGUGUGGAACUGUUUUAUCAAUUACAUAACUUGGUUCCUUCUUCUAGCAUCUGUGAGGAUGUUAUAAGUCAGCAGCUAACCCACAAAGAUAAGAAAAUAAGGAUGGAAGCACAUGCAAAGUUUGCAGUUCUUUGGCAUCUCACAAGGGAUCUCCAUAUAAAUAAGUCGUCAUCUUUUGCACGUUCUUUUGACAGGUCGCUGUUCAUCAUGUUAGAUAGCCUUAACAGCCUCGAUGGUUCUACCAGCUCAGUGGGACAAGCCUGGCUGAACCAAGUGCUACAAAGACAUGAUAUUGCAAGAGUUUUGGAACCAUUGCUAUUGCUCCUGCUUCAUCCUAAAACUCAGAGGGUUUCGGUGCAGCGUGUACAAGCAGAACGCUAUUGGAAUAAGGCUCCCUAUUAUCCUGGAGAAGAGAGUGACAAGCAUUUCAUGCAGAAUUUUGCCUGCAGCAGUGUAAGCCAAGUACAACUCAUUGCAUCUAAAGGGAAUGGUGAAAAGCCGCUUACCAUGGAUGAAAUAGAGAAUUUUAGUCUCACUGUUAAUCCAUUGAGCGACAGACUUUCCCUUCUAAGUACCAGCAGUGAGACAAUUCCAAUGGUUGUAUCUGAUUUUGAUCUUCCAGACCAACAGAUAGAAGUACUUCAGAGUUCUGACUCUGGAUGUUCACAGUCCUCUGCUGGGGACAAUUUGAGUUACGAAGUCGAUCCUGAAAAUGUGAAUGUCCAAGAAGAUUCCCAAAUGCCAAAUGCGAGCUCCCCGGAUGAUGACGUUCAGCAAGUAGUGUUUGACCUGAUAUGUAAAGUUGUAAGUGGCCUCGAAGCAGAAUCUGCAUCACUUACAUCUCAGUUAGAAAUUGAAGCUAUGCCCCCAAAGCACAGGGACGUAGGCCCAGGCGAAGAGACACUCCAAACUGACGAUCAGUCCGCUCCACAGAGCCAGAGUGCUGUGCUGAGUAACGACAGUUCCCACUUUCUGUCUGUGUCUGCAGAGGGAGGCCAUGAGUGUGUGGCAAAUGGAAUCUCCAGAAAUAGUUCCUCACCUUGUAUUUCAGGAACCACACAGACUCUGCAGGACUCUAAUGUUGCUUCCGUAGAAACCAAAUCUAGACAGAGGAGUCACAGUAGCAUUCAGUUCAGCUUCAAAGAAAAAUUAUCAGAAAAAGUCUCCGAGAAAGAAACCAUUGUUAAGGAGUCUGGUAAACAACCAGGAGCAAAACCUAAAGUAAAACUUGCCAGAAAAAAGGAUGAUGACAAGAAAAAAACUUCAAAUGAAAAACUCAAACAAACCAGUGUGUUCUUCAGUGAUGGCCUGGAUUUAGAGAACUGGUACAGCUGUGGAGAGGGAGAAAUUUCUGAAAUUGAGAGUGAUAUGGGUUCUCCCGGAUCACGGAAAUCUCCCAAUUUCAACAUCCAUCCGCUUUAUCAGCAUGUGCUUCUGUAUCUCCAGUUGUAUGAUUCAUCAAGGACUCUCUAUGCUUUUUCUGCCAUCAAAGCCAUCUUAAAAACUAAUCCUAUUACUUUUGUAAAUGCCAUUUCAACCACUAGUGUAAAUAAUGCAUAUACCCCUCAGUUGUCUCUGCUUCAGAAUCUCUUGGCCAGACACCGGAUUUCUGUUAUGGGCAAAGACUUUUACAGUCACAUUCCAGUGGACUCAAAUCAUAACUUCCGGAGUUCUAUGUACAUAGAAAUCCUUAUUUCCCUCUGCUUGUAUUACAUGCGUAGCCACUACCCAACUCACGUCAAGGUCACUGCACAGGACUUAAUAGGCAAUCGAAACAUGCAGAUGCUGAGCAUCGAAAUUUUGACGCUUCUCUUUACUGAGCUGGCAAAAGUAAUAGAAAGCUCAGCAAAGGGUUUCCCGAGUUUUAUCUCUGAUAUGUUAUCUAAGUGCAAAGUUCAGAAGGUGAUUCUUCACUGCUUGCUGUCCUCUAUCUUCAGCGCACAGAAAUGGCAUGGCGAGAAGGUGACAGGCAAGAACGUGGUCGCCGUCGAAGAGGGUUUCUCAGAAGACAGCCUUAUCAAUUUCUCGGAGGAUGAAUUUGACAGUGGCAGCACACUCCAGUCACAACUUCUUAAAGUGCUUCAGAGGCUCAUUGUUCUAGAACACCGGGUAAUGACUAUCCCCGAAGAGAGCGAAACGGGUUUUGAUUUUGUCGUCUCGGACCUGGAACACAUCAAUCCCCACCAGCCCAUGACUUCUCUUCAGUAUCUGCACGCUCAGCCAAUCACGUGUCAAGGCAUGUUCCUUUGUGCAGUGAUACGAGCUUUGCACCAACAUUGUGCUUGUAAGAUGCACCCGCAGUGGAUUGCUUUAAUCACGUCUACUCUGCCUUACAUGGGAAAAGUGCUACAGAGGGUGGUUGUUUCUGUGACGCUGCAGCUUUGCCGAAAUUUAGAUAAUCUAAUCCAGCAGUACAAAUACGAAACAGGAUUAUCCGAUAGUAGGCCUCUGUGGAUGGCAUCAAUCAUUCCACCAGAUAUGAUUCUUACUCUUUUAGAAGGGAUCACAGCCAUUAUCCAUUACUGUUUGUUGGACCCUACUACUCAGUAUCACCAACUUUUGGUCAACGUAGACCAAAAACACUUGUUUGAAGCCCGCAGUGGAAUCCUCUCGAUCCUUCAUAUGAUCGUGUCCUCUGUGACAUUGCUUUGGAGCAUCCUGCAUCAGGCUGAGUCUUCAGAAAAGGUCACUGUCGCUGCCUCUGCAUCUGUUACCACCAUUAAUCUUGGAGCCACAAAGAACUUGAGACAGCAGAUUCUUGAAUUAUUGGGCCCCAUUUCAAUGAAUCAUGGUGUUCACUUUAUGGCUGCUAUUGCGUUUGUAUGGAAUGAAAGAAGACAGAACAAAACCACCACCCGGACCAAGGUCAUUCCUGCAGCGAGUGAAGAACAGCUUCUACUAGUAGAACUGGUUCGCUCCAUCAGUGUCAUGAGAGCAGAAACCGUUAUGCAGACCGUGAAAGAAGUUUUAAAGCAGCCCCCAGCCAUAGCCAAGGACAAGAAACAUCUUUCUUUGGAAGUCUGCAUGCUUCAGUUUUUCUAUGCUUAUAUUCAAAGAAUUCCAGUGCCCAAUUUAGUGGAUAGUUGGGCAUCACUGUUGAUACUUCUGAAAGACUCUAUACAACUGAGUCUUCCAGCCCCAGGGCAGUUUCUUAUACUUGGGGUUCUGAAUGAGUUUAUUAUGAAAAACCCUAGUUUGGAAAAUAAAAAAGACCAAAGAGACCUUCAGGACGUGACUCAUAAAAUAGUGGAUGCAAUUGGUGCCAUUGCUGGUUCUUCUUUGGAACAGACAACAUGGCUGCGACGAAAUCUUGAAGUUAAGCCUUCUCCCAAAAUAAUGGUGGAUGGAACCAAUUUGGAAUCUGAUGUUGAAGAUAUGUUAUCACCUGCAAUGGAAACUUCAAACAUAACUCCUUCUGUAUAUAGUGUCCAUGCAUUGACAUUACUUUCUGAGGUUUUGGCUCAUCUUUUGGAUAUGGUUUUCUAUAGUGAUGAAAAGGAACGGGUUAUUCCUUUACUUGUAAAUAUUAUGCAUUAUGUUGUGCCCUACCUCCGAAAUCACAGUGCGCAUAAUGCCCCUAGUUACCGGGCCUGUGUCCAGCUGCUUAGCAGUCUUAGCGGGUAUCAGUACACACGGAGAGCUUGGAAAAAAGAAGCCUUUGACCUCUUUAUGGAUCCCAGUUUCUUUCAGAUGGAUGCCUCUUGUGUUAAUCAUUGGAGAGCAAUUAUGGACAAUCUGAUGACACAUGAUAAAACAACAUUUAGAGAUUUGAUGACUCGUGUAGCUGUGGCUCAGAGCAGUUCCCUUAACCUCUUUGCAAACCGAGAUGUGGAGCUAGAGCAGAGAGCCAUGCUUCUCAAAAGAUUAGCAUUUGCUAUUUUUAGCAGUGAAAUUGACCAGUACCAGAAAUAUCUUCCAGAUAUACAAGAGAGAUUGGUUGAGAGUCUCCGUUUGCCCCAGGUGCCAACUCUUCACUCGCAAGUAUUCCUGUUUUUCAGAGUGUUACUUUUAAGAAUGUCUCCACAACAUCUUACCUCACUCUGGCCUACCAUGAUUACAGAACUUGUACAGGUAUUUUUACUGAUGGAGCAGGAACUCACCGCUGACGAAGAUAUUUCACGGACUUCAGGCCCCUCUGUGGCUGGUCUGGAGACAACCUACACAGGAGGUAAUGGCUUUUCUACUUCAUAUAACAGCCAGCGGUGGUUAAACCUCUAUCUUUCUGCUUGCAAAUUUUUGGAUUUGGCUCUGGCAUUGCCCUCCGAAAAUCUUCCUCAGUUUCAGAUGUACCGAUGGGCCUUUAUUCCAGAAGCCUCAGAUGACUCCGGUUUGGAAGUCAGAAGGCAGGGCAUACACCAACGAGAAUUUAAACCUUAUGUGGUUCGACUAGCAAAACUUCUUCGGAAAAGGGCAAAGGACAAGGAGGAGGACUUUAAGACAGUGAUUUUGGAGGGAUUGGAGAUGGCCAAGCAUCAGAAGAAUCCGGAGGAAGACAACUCAGGGAGAACGUUGGGUUGGGAGCCGGGGCACUUGCUGCUCACCAUCUGCGCCGUGCGCAGUAUCGAGCAGCUCCUGCCGUUCUUCAAUGUGCUCAGCCAAGUCUUCAACAGCAAAGUCACCAGCCGGUGUGCAGGACACUCAGGGAGCCCCAUCCUCUACUCAAACACCUUCCCUAACAAGGACAUGAAACUGGAAAACCACAAACCAUUUUCCAGCAAAGCCAGGCAAAAAAUAGAAGAGAUGGUAGAAAAAGAUUUUCUGGAAGGGGUGAUAAAAACUUGAGGCAUUACAAGUGGUCCAUUUAACUAGAUGUAAAUGUAAUUAUUUAAAACUAAAACAUUGCUCUGAGUUGUAUAGUUUCUUUUUUUCUUUUUUGUAUGUAACAAAACACAUUUCAGGUUGUAUUUAAUUUAAAUAUUUGUAAAUAAGAGCAAAAAUGUCUGAAUGUGGCCUGAAUCAAGUUUAAAUAUUGUUGGCUCAUAUUGAUUAUGGUGCCUGAGAGAGAUCUAUAUAUACAUCUAUAGUCCAUUGUUUUACUGUCCUGAAUUGUCUUAAACCUGCAAAAUACACACUGCACAUUUUUUGCUA